AAGAAAAUGGCGUCAGCUAAGUUUCUGGAGGAAGCUCUAAGCACGGAUGUAGAUGAAUCCGCAGUGAACGCGAUAGUGGGCUCCCUUGAGACGCAGCUUGUAACGUCCACGCCGACUAUCGUCGGUCAUCAAGCGAGUUCCGCAUCGGUCAGCCAGCAGAAUCACCAGGUGAACAGCGCUAUUUCCAACGGGGGCACCAUCACCGCGGUGCAGCCACAGAAACAUGGGGUUUCGAACGGCGGCGGUGUGACUACCGUGAACAGUCUAAUGACUCAGGAGGUCACCAAGUCGAUUACUACCAGCACUCUGUUGCCCGUGAACGUGGUUACCUCGAACACAGUGGCGCCACAGGUCAUCACCACACAGCAGCAGCCGCAGCAGGUACAGCCACAGCAGCAGCAACAACACACGCAACCAUCAGGGAUAUCUCCCGCUACCUAUAUCAAUCAAGUAACGACUAAUCAGGUGUCCAGUAAUCAGACUACACAUAUACCAAGCUUAACCAAGACGCAUGAACCAGUGAAGCUUAUCUAUCCCACAGUCGGACAAGUUAUUGCCACUACGGGGGUGGCAAAUGCCAAUAAUAAGCUCUCCUUUCCCGCUCAAACUGUCGGGCAGUUAGCAAACGGUACUUUAGGUAUAACGUCGCAGGCAGUGCUGCAGACUACAGCGAACGUUGUUACCAAUGUUGGCUCUGUUAGCCAGGCAGCGAGCCAAACAGUGACCACAGUAAAUAAGCCAACAGGGGCAGCUUUAGUGAUCAAGACCAGUGUAGCACCUGGCAUGGUUUCCGUUCCAAUGUCUGUACCAGUCUCUGUGGCUGGCAAUGCAGUCAGCACAGCAUUGCAGACUAAGGGUGGGGUUACUUCAACGAUAGUUCCCAGUAAUGUUCAAAUCCUUAAUGUAAAUACGAUGCGUCCUGCAACGCCAGUAACGGGACAGCAAGCUAAUAAACAAGUUACCCCAAGAGUAGUGAUUGGACAACACCAAUUGGUUGGAGCAAGAGCUGGAGGUCCAGGGAUAACAUUACAGACACUUCAUAGCCUUCAAGCUGGUGCUCAAGGUCAUCUGUUAUUAAAAACAGAAAAUGGGCAAUAUCAGUUACUGAGGGUGGGUCCAGCUCCAACUGCGGGUACACCUACGGGUACUGCAGUUACACCGAAUAGUAUAACUGGCAAUACAGUAGUUGCUGCACCAUCUCCAGGCACUACAUACCGCCUAGCUUCAGUGCCGACUGUAAGUAGGCUGAAUACUCAGUUCACUGGCCCACCACUCGCCACCCUAAGAAAAUCUGUUCAGACUGUUGCUCCUACUAUUACUACAUCUACUACAACUCCAGGAACAGUGACUACUGCACCCACAACUACUUCUACACCAACGGCUACCACUGUUCAAACAGCUCAAACUUCUACACCGCGUCAAACUACUGAUAAUACCAAAGAAAAGUGCCGUAAAUUCUUAGCAAACUUAUUAGAGUUAUCUAGUCGAGAGCCUAAAGCAGUGGAACGCAAUGUUCGAACUUUGAUACAAGAACUGAUUGAUACUAAAGUCGAGCCAGAAGAAUUUUGUGACAGACUUGAAAAAUUAUUAAAUGCUUCACCACAGCCAUGUCUCAUUGGAUUUUUGAAGAAAAGUUUGCCUCUUUUACGGCAAUCACUUGUCACGAAGGAAUUAGUCAUAGAAGGAAUAAAGCCUCCUCCAGCCAGUGUUGUUUUUUCUUUAUCGUCGGCUGUUCCAACUCUUACGCAACCUCAAUACAGACCUGCAGUAGCAGUGGCAGCAACCGUUCCUGUAACAGCAACAGCAACAACACAAGUGAGAGUAAUGACACAGCUUCCAACAGCAGUCACGGCAACAGCAGCAGCAGCAGCAGCAGCAGUUACAACAACAGUCCCACGACCUGUUCAAACUAUUCCACAGAGGCUGGUUCGACCAGUAACAACGGUGGUUCGGAGUCCUAGCGCAGCAACAUAUACUGUAAAAUCAACAGUAGCAGCAACGGGAAUUCGCCCCUCUGCCCCUGUUGUGCAAAAACCACCCACAAUUGCAACCACAGUUGUAAAACCAAUGACUACUACACAAGGAAAAACACUCAAUACCACCACUACUGUUAAUAAAGCCGUAGUGCCUUCUCUUGUUCAAAAACCGGCUGCGAAGGAGAAAGAGAAAAAAACGUUUUCAUCAGCAGGAUAUACGGCGGAUGAUGAUAUAAAUGAUGUAGCAGCUAUGGGUGGUGUUAAUCUUGCAGAGGAAUCUCAAAGAAUACUCGGUUCUACAGAAUUUGUUGGUACUCAAAUACGAUCUUGUAAAGAUGAAGUAUUUUUACACAUGACACCAUUACAACAAAGAAUUAAACAAAUUGCAUCCAGUCAUGGACUAGAUGAACCCAACCAAGAAGUAGCAGCAUUAAUUUCGCAUGCUGUACAAGAAAGGUUAAAGAAUUUAGUAGAAAAGUUAGCAGUCAUCACAGAACAUAGGAUAGAUUUUAUAAAGAUCGAUCCUAGAUAUGAAGUAACACAAGAUGUAAGGGGACAAUUAAAAUUUUUGGAAGAUUUAGAUAGAAUCGAACGUAGGAAACACGAAGAACAAGAACGGGAAUUACUUUUACGUGCUGCAAAGAGUCGUGCAAAAACAGAAGAUCCCAAGCAGGCAGAAUUAAAAGCUAAGGCCAAAGAGAUGCAACGUGCAGAGAUGGAACAUUUAAGGACAAUGGAUGCAAAUAAAACAGCUUUGCUAGCAAUUGGCCCUCGUAAGAAGCCUAAGCUCGAUACAGCAGGAUCGACCAACAGUACUUCUAGCGCAAAUGCAUCAGUGAGCGGAUUGAAUAGGCAAAUGCCCAUGAGACCACGUUUGAAGAGAGUGAAUUUCAGGGAUUUGGUAUUUCUUCUCGAACAAGAGAAAGAAACAUGUAGAAGCACAACAUUGUAUAAAUCAUACUUGAAGUGA